GGUAAUUUGAGAUCAACCCAUUUGCGAACUACAAGCCAACCAUCGUCAGACUGUCGCAAACCCGGAUUUCGGACAGAAUGAUUUUCUAUGGAUAAAGUAGCCUUUUUGAAAAAUUUCUCCCUCUGGUUCGUCAAUGGCGUUCUCAACAAAAUUCAUUCGAAAUCACGGUUAUUAUUCACGAUAAGACAUAUCAGUUCUGGCAUUCCAUAUUUUUGAACGCUUUUUCUUCAUUUUCAUGGGUCACCAUUCUCACUCUCACCACCACAACCAUGACUCUUCUGAUGGUGUUUCUCAGAGAGUUAACAGCCCUCGUUUCUCGGGUCCUAUGACUCGCCGGGCUCAUUCUUUCAAGCGUAAUAACAAUAACACCACCGCUGCCCACACCACUCCUACUAAUAAUCGCAAUACGCACAUCACCAACACCAAUAAUAGCACUAGUCACGAGAUUGAUUUGCAAGUUAAUUCGCCUGGAUCUGAAUCUGUUGAUGUGUUUGAGAGGCAGAGCCACCAUCAACAUAUCAUCCAGAGAGUUAAUGGGGUAGUGGUCAAGAGUUUGCUUAAUAAGAAGGGCGGUUUUGGAUCCGCAGUGGUUGAUUAUGGGUUCAGGGAGAGGAAAAAGCUGGGGCAAUGGAUGUUCUUUGUCUUUUGUGGGGUGUGUUUGUUUUUGGGCGUUCUUAAGAUUUGUGCAAAUGGGUGGUUUGGAUCUGCCCUUGAAAGAGUUGCAUCCAAUCAGGAUAUACGCAGUUCCACAACUCAACUGCAUCAACACUGGAACUCUUUUGAUUAUGGGAAGGGAGUGGCUGGUAUGGAGCGACACCUAAAGAUGGCAAAAUCAGGUGUAGAUGGUGAAUUCUCAGGCAUCUGGUCCAAACCCAACAGUGAGAAUUUUAGUCAGUGCAUUGACCUGUCAAGAAGCCACAAAAUGUUGGAUGUGAAGACAAAUGGUUACAUUCUCAUAAAUGCUAAUGGUGGCUUAAAUCAGAUGAGAUUUGGGGUUUGUGAUAUGGUUGCUGUGGCUAAGAUUAUGAAGGCAACACUUGUUCUUCCUUCUCUCGAUCAUACCUCCUACUGGGCUGAUGAAAGUGACUUCAAGGAUUUGUUUAAUUGGCAACACUUCAUUGACACAUUGAAGAAUGAAGUCCACAUUGUUGAGUCAUUACCACCUGCCCAUGCUGGAGUUGAGCCUUUUACAAAAACACCAAUAUCAUGGUCUAAGGUUAGUUAUUAUAAAAGCGAGGUCCUGCCAUUGUUGAAGCAGCAUAAAGUAAUCUAUUUUACUCACACUGAUUCCCGGCUUGCCAACAAUGGUAUCCCAAAUUCCAUACAAAAGCUGAGAUGCCGCGUCAAUUACAGGGCAUUGAGGUAUUCUGAAGCAAUAGAAGAACUGGCAAACAUCUUGGUUGCGAGAAUGAGAGAAAAUGGAAACCCUUAUCUUGCUCUCCAUUUGAGGUAUGAGAAGGAUAUGCUUGCAUUCACAGGCUGCAGUCACAAUUUGACAACAGGAGAAGAUGAAGAGCUACGCAGUAUGCGAUAUGAAGUCACUCAUUGGAAGGAGAAAGAAAUAAAUGGAACAGAAAGAAGAUUGCUUGGUGGUUGCCCGUUGACUCCGAGGGAGACUUCUCUUUUGCUUAAAGGGCUGGGUUUCCCACCCAACACCAGGAUUUACUUGGUAGCUGGUGAAGCUUAUGGGAAAGGAAGCAUGCAAUAUCUUCUGGAUGACUUCCCUAACAUAUUCUCACAUUCCACUCUCGCCACAGACGAAGAGCUGAAUCCUUUCAAGAAUCAUCAGAACAUGUUGGCUGGUUUAGACUAUGUUAUUGCACUUCAAAGUGAUGUAUUUAUUUAUACGUACGAUGGAAAUAUGGCAAAGGCAGUUCAAGGUCACAGGCGAUUUGAGAACUUUAAGAAGACUAUUAAUCCAGACAAGAUGAAUUUUGUGAAACUUGUGGAUGAGUUGGAUGAAGGAAAAAUAUCAUGGGACACAUUCAGUUCCGAAGUGAAAGAGCUUCACAAAGAUCGAAUCGGAGCUCCAUACCUACGGGAACCUGGAGAGUUUCCAAAGCUGGAGGAAAGUUUUUAUGCAAAUCCUCUUCCAGGAUGCAUUUGUGAAAGAAAACAAGAAAAGUAGAGUAUAAAACAGGCAGGUUUUUUUCAUAUUGUUUCAUGAUGUAAACUCAACUGCUUGCAAAGAAGAACAUGCAUGCGCCCAUUGUUCCAGGCUUAUAAUCAUAGGAAGUUGCAAACUCGAUUAUCCAACAUUAAGUGGGAACUGGUCCAGGGAGAAAAUUUCUCUGGGAGGACAGAGCCAAUCCAAUGAGGUCGUUCUUUCAUCUUAUUACAGUGGUUACUUCUGACAGGUUUGUACGAGAAUUAUUAUUUGAGUUUCAAAAUUGACAAUGGAUGCUCAUGCCAAUGUUUUGUAUUUAACUAUGGUCGGAGAAACAAAAUGAGCUUGUAAGAUGGAAAAGGAAAGUUGAGAUUAAACUUAUAUCCAAUAUGUGAACUGAUACUGAUUUUAUCA